AUGACUUCCAGGUUUGUUCAGAGGAGCGUCAAAGGACAUCCGGAGUAUUCAAACUCCUUUCUGCUCAGAGAUCCCAGUCCCAACCCUCUGAAUGAGCUCUGUCACAUCGCCCCCUGGCGGACUGACAGGGAGGAGCACGGGGAGCAGGGAGACGCACUCGGAGAGCAGCUGCAGGAGAUGGACGAGCAUGUGGCCAGGCUCCAGGACAUGCUGAGGUGUGAGCGCACCAAGUGCACUCAUCUGCAGCUGCGGUGUAACCAACUGGAGGCAGAGCUGAGGCGGCGGGAGCAGCACAGCAUCCGGCUGAAGGAGCGACUGUCACAGCAGCUCAGUGUCAGACACAAGGGGAAAGGACCCUCCAUAGAGGUGUUAAAUUUCCCGCCUGGAGGCCGCAGCAGAAGAGAACAGCCAGUCAAAUCCUUUGUGUCUACUGCAAAACGGGAAGAGGCAGCACUGUGUCUGAUGCUGGAGCGCAGAGAGGCAGAGCUCCGAGAGGCGAUGAAGCUGCGCCACAGCCUCACCACAUUGCUUUAUGCGCUCAGGGUCAACAUGGACCAGGUAGGGAAAACCACCCUGUCAGACUCAGCGGACGUUGAGGACGAGGUCCAACAUGACGACAAAAAAUUGUAUGAAGCUGAGGUGGCGCUUGGUGACCAUGUGACAGGAGGUGUGGUUCAGAGUUGGAGGAAGGUGCAGAGGAGACUGGGUGACGUCCAUUCUGAAGGUCUCACUGGUGAUGGCACUGACCAUGACAAGCUCAUGGCUCAACUAGGAACUGAACUGAGAGAGAGUCAACAGCUUGUCAGAUUACAACAGCAAAUGCUGCAGGGUAACCUCGCCUCACCUGUCCCCUCUGAACUGUCCGAUUCGUACUUUUUGGAAGAGUGGGAGCGUCUUCAGCUGCGGUGGGCCGAGCUCCAUCAUCAGAGGAGGACUUUUGAAAGAGAGAGGCAGUCCUUCACUGAAGCCGCAAUCCGACUCAGCCAUGAUCGUCGUGAUUUUGAGCAACAGAAGGCUUCUCUCGUGAAGCAGCAGUAUUUGUGCGACUCAUCUCUGUGUGGUAAAGGAGCACCAACCAGCAAGAGAAGAGAUGACACUGCUCUCAAUUUCUCAGGUUUGGGGCCCACCAGUAUAUCUGGCUGUCUUCCCAUCACCCCAUCAUCCGCUGGCUCUGGGUCAGCUGCUCUCUCUGUGUUAUAUCAGGGAAGAGUCACAGUUCAAACUCCCAGCACUCCUGAGCUCUACGCUGCCCUCAAUCUAUCAUACAACUGCAGGUCAAUCGAGGUUGAUCCCCAAUCAGAGACAUGGGACUGUGGCACAGAGAAGGUGGUGGAUGCACCACAGGCUUCACACUUGGACUGGUCAUUUUAA